UUUUUCAUUUUAUUCGAGGAUGUUCCUCCUAACGAAUAUAUAUUUGACAAUACCAUCCACCCGUUCAUGCCCAUCUCGUGUCCUCUCCUUUCUACCUCUCUUGCAACCUCAAAAACCCACACACACACACGAAGAAGAGAGCAAACUCUUUUUCUCUUUCUUCCUCCACCAAUGUCAGCCUAUAGAAGCUUUCAUCAAAUAUUCGAGCACCCAAGACAAAACAAAACUCCAAAGUCUCUUCUUGAUGCUCUCUCCUCUCCUUCACCUUGGAACCCAAUCCCCAUAAAAGGGCUCCACGUCACCGAGCACAACGAAACGCCACCGUUUACAGAGAUAUUCGGUGAGCUCCAUUUCAGGGAAUCAUCCUCAGCCGAGAACAGCAGUCUGCAGCUGUGUACCGAAGGUCUAGGGUCAGAGAGUUAUUACGACUUGGAAGAUGGAAAAGUCAACCGUAACAAAAACGUAGAAGAUAAUGAUGUAAAUGGUAAAGAUGAUAACGGAAGCAGCGAUGAGGAGUGUGGACCACUGAAAAGGGAACGGAGAGAGUAUCCUCCGGCGAUGAAGAGGAUGAGCUUCAAGACGUAUAGAGAAGAAGGGAGGCUUGUGUUGGAAGAGGUUAGGAUUCCGAGGAGAGAGUUUCUUAGAGCCAGCCGUGAAGACGGUAGACUCAAAUUGAAGCUGGUUCAAUCCGAGGAUGAGGAUGAAGACGGGAAGAAUGAUAAACCGGUCUGAUUCGUAUCCUUGACUCCCUAUUCCACAAGAUCGGUGCCCGUUAUAAACUUGUAAAUGUUAAAACCUUUGUUAUGCAAGUCUUGUUGUUAAUUUGAGCUUUUAUCGCUUAAUCUCUGCCGUUCUAUAAUUUUAUCAAUGCCAAGGAAUAUUCUUUUUCAAAGAUCGUAGUUGUUUUAUUUUAUCAAAGGUUUUGAAAAUCUUAAAAUUAAUUCAGAGGAAGCAUGUUAUGUGCC